GCUCCAUAUAACUUCCAGAUCUUUCCACAAUCACAAUACAAAUACCCACUUUUCUCUCUCUUUCUCUCUCUUGUUUCUCUCUCUAAAUUCAUCGCAAAUCUGCACAAACCCAAAUCACACUCUCUCUUAUAAAAACCUCACAAUACAAAUCUCUAUUUCUCCAUCACUCUCUCUAUAUAAAAGAACCAUUUUUCAAAUCAUUCGCGCUCUCUCCACUCCCUUUUCACCCAACUUCUCUUAUCCUAUAUAAACCCUAAUUUCUCUCUCUACAAAAUAAGGGUUGAUGGCUGAUCAAGGAUUGGAAGGGAGCCAGCCGGUAGAUCUACAGAAACAUCCUUCUGGGAUUGUGCCCACCCUUCAAAAUAUUGUUUCAACAGUCAAUUUGGACUGUAAGUUGGACCUCAAAGCAAUUGCACUCCAAGCUCGUAAUGCAGAGUACAAUCCCAAGCGUUUUGCUGCUGUCAUUAUGAGAAUCAGAGAACCGAAAACAACUGCACUUAUCUUUGCUUCUGGCAAGAUGGUUUGUACUGGAGCCAAGAGUGAGCAACAGUCUAAACUGGCAGCAAGGAAGUAUGCGCGUAUCAUCCAAAAACUUGGUUUCCCGGCCAAAUUUAAGGAUUUCAAGAUCCAGAACAUUGUUGGCUCCUGUGAUGUUAAGUUCCCGAUACGGUUGGAGGGUCUUGCAUAUUCCCAUGGUGCUUUCUCUAGUUAUGAACCAGAGCUGUUUCCCGGAUUAAUAUACCGUAUGAAGCAACCGAAGAUAGUCUUGCUUAUUUUCGUCUCUGGAAAAAUAGUUCUAACCGGAGCCAAGGUGAGAGAUGAGACUUAUGCAGCCUUUGAAAACAUAUAUCCAGUGCUUACUGAGUUCAGGAAAAAUCAACAAUGCUGUCCAGAUAUAUCUGCAUUGGGCGUAGGUUGUAUUUGUGAAGCACAUUCAUAGACAUUGUACACGAUACUGAUACUGACACAUAUACACCAGACACCAGAUACAUUUUAGGCAAAUGAAACUGAUUGUAUGUACCAACAUUGUGUGGCACAAGUGUUAGAAGGAGCAAUAUGUAUGCACUACUAUACACGAAACUUACAUGUAGACACCAAUUACAACAAUUACAAUUUAGGCAAAUGAAAUUGAUUGUAUGUACCAACAUGGUGUGUCACAAGUGGUAAAAACAACAAUAUGUACCAAAAUCAUUUAUGAAUAUUUGAUUUUAUUGCAGAAUUUUGUCAAAAGAAGUGGUGUUCUUGCGGAGAAGCUCGUCGAAUUGUACAUAAACUAAGACAAAGGAGUUAUCUGAAUUGAUAAAAUUGAA